AUGGAAAAUCAAGACUCAUCAUUAUUUUUUGGGGAACCUGAUCCACAAAUAGAUUUUUUCGAUUCAUUAAGCUCUGGACAAGAACAACAGGAACAACAACAGGAACAACAACAAGAACAACAACAAGAACAACAAGAGCAAACACAACCACAAACACAACAAGAGCAACCAACAUCACAUUUUGAAGAUGGAGAAAGUUUAUUUGAGUCAUUAGGACAACAAGAUUCAAAUUCUACAAAUACAACCACAAAUAUUGAAUCACCCCCACACCAACAAGAUGAUCAAAGUUUUUUCGAUUCAUUCAAUUCAAGUGAUAGUGGUGUUGGUAUAACAAAUGAACAACCAAAAACUGAACAACCAACACAACCAUUUUCAAACUUAAUCCAACCAAACGAAGUCAUUGAAUUACAAAGUGAUGUAAUUCAACACCAAAACCAAGUCAUUGAACAUCAAAAUAGUAUCAUUGAACAACAUCAAAGACACCAACAUCAAUUUAGUAGUGAUAGUAGUAACAUUGGUAUAGUUGAUAGUUUAAUCGAGAACCCAAUUUUAGUAAGCGAUAAUGUUGUCAAUAGUUUAUCCGAUAGUAUAGUUGGUAAAGAUGACGACGAAACAUCACCUAAUAAUAAUAAUAUUGAUAAUAUUGAUAAUAUUGAUAAUAUUGAUAAUAUUGAUGAUAAUAACAAUAAUACUAAUAAUAAUAAUAAUAGUGGUAAUCAAGAAAAUGAAAACUUGUCAACUUCUUCUUCAAACGAACAUACUCCUGCGCAAUCUGAGCCAAUAGUGACAACUACAGAAGGCAGUAAUAAUAAUAAUGAGAACAACAUAAUUAAUAACAAUGAAAAUAUUUCGAGAGAUGAUGAUAAUAGUAAUAGUAAUAAUAAUAAUAAUAAUAAUAAUAAUAAUAAUAAUAAUAAUAAUAAUAAUAAUAAUAAUAAUAAUAAUAAUAAUAAUAAUAAUAAUAAUAAUAAUAAUAAUAAUAAUAGUGGUGAGAAGGAAAAGGAGAUAUCUUCAUUCUUUAGCUCAGAUGAUAAUGUUAAUAAUAGUGAGGUAUUAUUCUUCAAUUCAACCAAUAGUGACACAAAUAGUAGCGCAAAUAGCAUCGAAACAGUUUCUGUUACAUCUGCAAUUGCAGCUGAGGAAAAGGAUGCUUCUUCCUUCUUUAAUAAUAUUAGUGCAUCACAAGAAUUACAACCACAACCACAACCACAACCACAACCACAACCACAACCACAACCACAACCACAACCACAACCACAACAACAAACACAACAACAACAAUCACAAACACAACAAUCACCAAUUACCAAUAAACCACCAGUUGUAGAAAAAGAUAUUUCUUCAUUCUUUGCACCACCAGAGAUGGAAUCACAAAAUGAUCCAAGUGGUAAUAUUUUCCAAAGUUUUAAUAUUUCGAGUAAUACUCCAAAGAUGGUUUCACAAGUACCACAACCACAACCACAACAACAAACACAACCACCACCACCACAACAACAACAACAACCACAACAACCUCUUCAAACACCAACUAAAUCACAACCACAACAAACCGAAAAAGAUGUAUCAUCAUUUUUUGGAGGUGGUUCUAGUAGUUUUAAACAACCACAACAACCAGAGAGAGAUGUGUCAUCAUUUUUUGGAGGUGGAUCAACAACUAAUGAAGUUUCAUCAUUAUUUGGUUCAAUGACAAUCGAUGAUGGAUCAAACUUUUUUGAUCAAUUAAAUAUGCAACAAGAAUUGGAACAAGAAAAGAAAAGAAAUGAAGAAAUCUUAAGAAAACAACAAGAGGAACAGGCUAGACAACAAUUGUUACAACAACAAGAAUACGAAAGACAACAACAAUUGUUACAACAACAAGAAUAUGAAAGACAACAACAAUUGUUACAACAACAAGAAUACGAAAGACAACAACAACUAUUAAAACAACAAGAAUACGAAAGACAACAAAUGUUACAAAAACAACAAUUUGAACAACAACAAAAGCAACAACAACUACAACAACAACAAUUUGGUUUUAAUAAUAAUAGUAAUAGUAACAAUAGUUUCCAACAACCACCACCAAUGGGACAAUAUCAAAAUCAAUAUCAAUCACCACCAAUGGGACAAUACAACAACAACAAUAGUAGUUUCCAACAACCACCACCAAUGGGUCAAUAUCAUAAUCAAUACCAAUCACCACCUACACAACAAAAUCAAUAUCAAUCUCCACCUUUAAAUCAACAACCAAUGGUAAAUCAAUACCAAAACCAAUAUUCUCCACCACAUUCAAUUCAACAACAACAACAACAACAACAACAACAACAACAACAACAACAACAACAACAACAACAACAACAACAACAACAACAACAACCACCACAACAACCGCCACAACAACCACCACAACAAAAUAACUAUUGGAACCAACCACAACCGCAACCACAACCGCAACCACAACCACAACCACAACCACAACCACCAUCUCAACAUAUAUCUGCAAACCCUGUUUCAUCAACUUCUCAACCAAUACCAGCUCAACAAGCACCACCAAUGAUUCCAUUUAGUAAUUCACCAUCUGGUUCCCCAUUUGGAGGUAAUGCAAUGUCACCACCAAUGAUUCCAUUACAUUCAUCAUCAGGAUCGGUAUCAAGUAGACCACCAAUUAAUCAUCAAAGAGCUGAUUCAUCCGAUCAAUUCUCUAAACUAUUGAGACAACAAGUUGGUGGUACCCAACCAAAUCCAAUGAUACCCUCAGUAAAUAGUGUUCCACCUACUCCAGUUUCUUCAAAUAAUAGUGGUAGUGUUGGUAAAAGUAGUAGUGUUGGUAAAAGUAGUAGUGUACCAUCAUCCGACAAUAACAAUAAUAACCAACAAGCACCACAAAUGAUUCCAGUUAUUAAUAGUCCACCACAAAUGAUCAUUCCAACAUUUUCUCAUAGUCCAUCACAAGGAUCACCACGUGUAGCUCAAGGAUCACCACGUGUUGGAACACCUAAUCCAACACAUCAACAUCAACAUCAUAGUUAUUCAAAUAUGGCACCACCACCACCACAAUCACACACACCACCACCUCCACAACAUCAACCACAACCACACACACCACCACAACAUCAACCACCACAACUAAAUAAUAAAAAUAAUACAUCAUUGGAUAGUAGCAAUGGAGCUAUUCCAUUCUUUAAUAAUAAUGUUGGUAUUGGAUCACCAUCAAUUCCAAUGUCAUCAUCUAAUCAACAAAUCCCACCUCAAUAUCAACAACCAUCAUCACAAUUUGGUGGUAAUCAAGUUAUUAGAAAUCAUUCAUUACCAGAUUUUUCAAAUCAUUUCCCCAUUUCACCAAAUGAUCAAUUUAAUAACAACAAUAACAAUAAUUAUCAAGGAUAUAAUGGUGGCAAUUCAAUGUUUAACGGCCCACCACCACAACAACAACAACAACAACAACAACAACAACAACAACAACAACAACAACAACAACAACAACAACAACAACAACAACAACAACAACAACAACAACAACAAGGUAUGAUGCCAAUUAAUAAUAAUAAUAAUAAUAAUAAUAAUAAUAAUUUCUUCCAUCAUGCAAGAUCAACAUCAUGGAAUGGUAAUGAUGCACAUCAACGUGGUAUUCCAUUUUAUUCACGUCCACAUCCAGUAUUUGCAUUUGGUUUUGGUGGUAAAGUUGUUUCAAUUAAAUCAAAUUCUGGUAUUCAAGUAACUCAACCAGAUGGUACAGUUAAAACUUCUAAAUAUUCAAUUCAAAUAUCACCAAUUAAAUCAUUGAUUGGACAUAAUACAUUUUAUAAUAAUUUAUCAACGUUCCCAGGUCCAUUAACUUCAUCAUCAUCAAAGGAUACUAUAAACAAAUGGAUUAGUGAACGUGUUCAUGAUAUUGCAUCUGGUAAAAUAGAUCAACUUUGUUCAAAAGAUUCUGAAGCAUCGACUAUUCUUUGGGAACUUUUAAAGAUAUUAUGUAAUAACUAUGGUAAUCUUAUGAAUAGCUCCGAUAAGGAUGAUAAAUCGGUUGCAAAAUCAAUUCAAUCACUUUUAUCCGAUAAUAAAACUACACCAACUUUAUUCCAACCAACUCAAAAGAAUAUUGGUAGAUCCGAUGCUGAUUCUAGUUUACUCUUGAAUAGAGUUCAAUCUUUAAUGACUCAAGGUGAUAUCAUUGCUGCUCAUCAAUUUGCUUUGGACAAUGAGUUAUGGUCUCAUGCUUUAGUUUUAGCUCAUCAAUUAGGUGCUGAAGUUUAUGGCCGUACAAUGUCAAUCUUUACCAAUUCCUCAUUACCAACUGGUUCACCAUUAAAAACACUCUAUAUUCUUUAUUCUGGUAAUACUCGUGAUUUAUUUAAAGAUAUUCCACAAGGUAUUACUAAUAAUAAUAAUAAUAACAAUAAUAAUAAUGGUGCAUUCUUAGAUAGUUGGAAAGAAAAUAUUGCAACAUUAUUAUUUAAUGGUAAAGCAAAUGGUUGUAAAGUUAUUGGAGAGAUUGGUGAUUGUAUUUGGCAAGUUCAAAAACGUAUUGAAGCUGCACAUAUUUGUUACCUUUUAGCUGAUUAUCAAUUUGGACCAAUAAAUAAUCCAGGAAGUAGAAUUGUAUUAUUAGGUGGUGAUCAUAAAAUUGAUAAACAUUUCAUUACAAGUGAAUCACUUCAAAGAUCUGAAAUUUAUGAAUUCUCUAAAAUAUUAGGUAAUUCACAAUAUUCUUUACCAAUCAUUUUCGUUUAUAAAUUUAUUUAUGCAACUUAUUUAUGUGAUUUAGGUUUAGUUGAUUUAUCAUUAAAAUAUUUAAAUCAUAUUAAACAUUUAUUAAAGAAUCAUCAAGUUUCAAAUCCAUGUUUUAUUUAUCAAUUAGAUACAUUUGCAGAGAGAAUUACAUCAUUCUCAUCAAAUAAUAAAUUAUCAGCAUCAGGUUCAUGGAUUCCUUCAAUCUUUACAAAAGGCUUCAAGAUUUUAGGUGGUAGUAAUAGACAAGUACCAACUGUUGGUGCUAAUAAUAAUAAUAAUGAAAUGAUUUCACCUCCUUCAAUUGUAACUGGUUCAUCAACCCCAAUUUCAACACCAACCAAAUCACAACAACAACAACCACCAUCACAACCAAUUUCUGCUUCUAAAUUACCAUUUAAAAAAGAUGAAGAUGAUGAAGAUUCCUAUAGUUCUUUCAGUACAAAACCAAAAGCAUCAUCAACUAAUAAUAAUAGCAGCAACAAAGUUGAUUCUGAUUUAUCAUCAACUUCUGAUAAUACAGCAUCACCUUCAUCACCAUCAAAAGAUGAAAAUUCAAAUGAAACUAAAUCCGGUUUAUUGGCUGGCCUAUUUUGGAGAAAGAAACCAAAGACCAAAGAAAUCAAUUUAGAUAAUAAUAAUGAUUUCUACUAUAAUGAAGAAUUAGGUAAAUGGGUUGAAAGAGGCAAAGAAGCAGAGGCAAUCGCCGCUAGUCAACCACCACCCCCACCACCAACUGAAUCUUAUUCACCAUCUCAUACUGAUGGUAUGAGUACUCCUCCACCAUUUGGUGGUGGUGGUAAUGCCAGUCCUCCUUCUGUAUUAUCAUCUUCACCCUCUACAAGAUUACCUUCAGGUGGUGGUGGCGGCGGUAGUGGUAGUGGUGGUGCACCAUCAUCUGAUCCAUCUCAACCACCAGGUGUAAAUAAAUACUCUUUGGUUUCUCCAGGUGGUCCAAACACAAGAAGAAAACCAAGAUAUGUUGAUACUCUCAAUCAAACAGUUUAUACUGGUGGUGUAAAUAAUUCUUCCUCUCAAUCGUUACCACCAAAACCACCAACUUCAACUUUUACUCCAUUCAUGCCUGCUUUUGAUCCUUCUGCUGCUAUUGUCGAACAACAACAACAACCACCUCAACCACAACCAAUGAUGCCUGCUUUUGAUCCAUCAGCAAAUUAUGACGUUAAUAAUCAACAACAACAACAACAACAACAACAACAAGAUUUUAAUAAUCAAAAUCAAUCACCUCCAAUAUUUUUUAACUCUCAACAAUAA